AUGGCGGACAACCUUGACAACGAUCACAGCUCUAGUUUGGAAGAAAGAACUCCGCUUAAAAACACGGAUGCCACACCAAAGGAUGUGCCUCAACACAAGGGAGACAAGCAGUCUCCGAACACAGAAAUCUUAGAUGCUCUCUGUGAACAGCGGGAUCACCUCAAACAGCUCGAACAAGAGGCCGAACACCAGCGCGUGGCUGAAAGAGACAUUCGAAGAGAAACAAGACGGUGUCGAGAGCUAGAGGACAAACUCCUAAAGCUUGAAGCCAACCUCAAAACCAAAAUCACUCGAUCCAAUCAUGAAGAUAGGCCCCACAAGGAACAAGACCCGUUCACUAAAGUGAUCAUGAAAGCUAAAGUCCCAAAGGCCUUUAAAGCUCCUGACAUGAUCCCAUACGAUGGUACAUCUGACCCAAGCCAUCAUCUCAGUAAUUUCAGAAGUAGGAUGUAUCUCACGGACAGCUCGUACUCAAUUCGAUGCAAAGCUUUCCCGACUACCCUGACAAAAAUAGCAAUAAAGUCAUUUGACAGUUUGUCUCCAAGAUCAAUCACGAGUUUUGACGACCUAGCCAAAAAGUUCCUCGCCAGGUUCUUCAUCCAGAAGGAUAAAGCCAAGCACGCUCCAAGCUUGCUGGGAAUUAAACAAGGAGAUCGGGAAAGCCUUUGCAGCUACAUGGAAAUAUUCAACAAAGCAUGCCUCGACAUACAAAGUCUUCCAACAGAAGCGGCCAUCAUGGGGCUCAUCAACGGCCUAAGGGAAGGACCCUUUAGCCAUUCAAUCUCCAAGAAGCAUCCAACAUCUCUAAACGAGGUUCAAGAAAGGGCGGAAAAAUAUAUCAAUAUGCAGAAGAACUCCCGACGGGGAGAUAGCUCAAAAACUGGAUUCUUCUACCCACCUUGGGACAAGGAAAAAGAAUUCAGAAAGAAAGAAGAUCAACCCACAGAGAAACCUAGAAAAUACCACAAUUACACCCCUCUUCGGGUGUCCCUUGCGGUUGUCUACAAAGAAAUAUGCAACACGGAAAAGAUCACACCUCCUCGUCCGAUUAAACACAAAAGAGGAGGAAGUCAGACGGAGUAUUGUGACUACCACCAAAUCUACGGACACUCUACCAAUGAAUGCUACGACUUGAAGAACAUCAUAGAAAAGCUAGCCCGGGAGGGAAGAUUAGAUCGGGGAUUCGCAAGAGGAGGGAUCUCCAAGUCAUCUCGUAAAAGGCACCUUAAAGAGGUGUACCACGUCAGAGACUACGCUAAGUCACCUGACCUACCCACUAUUACCUUCAUUCAAGAAGAUGCCACGGGCAUAAUCUCUGGACACGACGACUCGGUAGUCAUUACAAUUGUAUUAGCUAAUGCCAACCUCCACCGAAUGUUGGUUGAUCAAGGAAGCUCGGCGGAUAUACUGUUCAAAUCUAUCUUUGACAAGCUCGGACUACAAGAAAAGGAGCUUAGAGCAUAUCCAAAUAGCCUAUUUGGGCUUGGAGAUGCCCCAAUUCAGCCACUUAGGUACAUCCCACUUCACACGACCUUUAGAAAGGAAGAUUGA